AUGCCCGCACCGCCUACUCAACUCGAUUCAGACUUUGAGCCGUGGUGUCCUCCAGAGCCGGUCAUGCCCCACAGACCGUUUCUGCAAUCUCAAAACGGACAAGCUGGCCACCCAGUCACAAACGCGAAGCCUAGCUGUCCGCCACUUGGGACCGCCAUCCAAAAGUCUGCAGACAUCUUUAUGCACUUGUUGAACCGCGAAGUCGCACAGGCCGUCUCAUACGAGCGGGCAAAAACCCUGGAAAUCCACAACGCGUCUAACGCUCAACAGGAGAACCGCACUGCCCAGCAUGCACAAGAGAAGCAACAACUGGAAGCCAAAGUCGCUUACCUUACGCGUCAAUUGGAGUUAGCCCAUGCACAACUCAGACGACAGUCUGAACAACUUCAGAGGCAGAGCUCGGACGCGUCUGCUGCCGAGAGAGCAGCUACAGCACAGGAAAUCAAGGACCUCGAAGCCCAAAAUGAUUCAUUACGCGCUGCAUGCGAUCGGCUGCACUCGAAUAACCAAACCCUUUCCAACGAGGCGUCUAUGGCCCUGACCCACUUGGGAAUUUACCUGCCCAAACCUGACACGUAUUGUUUUGGCAAUCAUUGGCCUGAGCUCUUGACGGAGCUAGGGAUUGACCCUACAAGACCGUGGACUGCCACUGACUUGAACAACUGCGUGCGGCAUAUGGCCCAUACGCUUCGACAACAGAGGCAACCGCACCAAGCCAACCCGACUCUGUCCAUUCGGCAGUAA